UCUCUGUGAUGAGUAAAAGAUAUUUGGAGCCUCCACUAAUUGCUGCUGGUAACUGCUUACUCAUAAGUAGUAGCCUUCUCUCCUCCCCCUUUUGCCUAGUCACUUUUGUUUCAAGAUGGGUGUGACUUUUGAUUCCGCUCCCCUCCCUGUUUUGUCACUCCUUCAGUUACUUUGAAUUGGAAUAAAAACUGCAGCAAACUUCCGACGCUGCCUCUCUGUGCAGACUUAACAAGACCUGGGACCUUCCCCACCCCUCCUUUGGCUUCCUGCCCCUCCUUUGUGCAGGCAGGGAGAGAGGAGCUCCUUGACUUUUACACAUUAACUCGAAGAGAGGAAACAAUGGCCAAGGUCUGGUUGGGUGCAGCUGUUGGAUUUUACUUGUUGCAGCUUUCUUUAGCCCGGAUAGAUUUGAAUAUAAGUUGCAGAUAUGCAGGUGUUUUCCACGUUGAGAAAAACCGUCGUUAUAGCCUUUCAAGAGAAGAGGCCAUUGAGCUUUGUAAAGCUCUCAACAGCACCCUUCCAACAUGGGACCAGAUGCAGAAAGCUUAUGACCAAGGAUUUGAAACCUGCAGAUACGGUUAUAUAGAAGAAAAAAUUGUAGUUCCUCGACACACCCCUUAUACGCUCUGCGCAGCAAACCACACUGGGAUAUACGUACUUACGUCAAAUAUAUCUGACAAAUAUGAUACAUAUUGCUUCAAUUCAUCAGAAUCAAGGGACAUAGUUUGUGACCCCGUGGUAAAGUUAUACUCCAUUUGGCCUGAUGAAGAUAGCAAAAUAGAAAUAUACAAUGCUGAUGGAUCACGCUAUAUUGAGGGAGAAAGAUUCACAGAACGGACACCUAUUUCUGAAGAUGAAAAUAUCGGUGGCAGUGGUUCUGCAAAUGACAGAUCAACAACAGAUCCCAAUAUUAUCAGUCCGGGUAUCUCAUCACGUUAUCCUCAUCAUGCAGAUGAUGGUACUUUUACCUCAAAAGAGCCUUUUGCGGAGAAGGAUGAAGAUGCAACUGAUGUUCCAAAUACAUUUGAUGGCCACCAUGAAGGAGGACAUUCUAAAGACCAGCACCCCCAAAGUCCUACUGUGGUCCCCACCAAAGAUGUCAAGCAUGAUGACUCGGCCCAUGAUUCAUUUCUGCAUGGUGUACACUCUGAAAAAGACAGUGAAGUCAGAUAUUCUACAAAUGGCACAAGGGAGGAUGUGCUACCCCGAAAUGUUCCUCUAGGUGAUGAUGAACAUUAUUCAACAGCUACUGCUGGGUCCUCCAGUGAUGAUUUCUUCAAGCAGGAAGACUCAACUCAGAAUCCACUAGAUGGUGCUCUCUCUGGAUUAGAAACUGAAGACACAUUACCUACAACCACAACUUCAGAUGUACCACAUCCAGUGCUUGUUCCAUCAAGUGAAAGAGAAAGAACUCUGGAGGAAGAAUCUUCCCACCAUACAGCUGUGGGUUCCGGUGAUGAUAUCAAACAUGAAGUUGCUACUCGUGAUCCAACAGUACAUGAUAUACAUGAUGAAUUGGGUAGAGAAGAUGAUUAUUCUACAAACAGCACGAAGGAUGAAGUACCCACAGAAAUUAUUCCUCCAGCUGGAAACAGUAACAUAGAUAAUUUCUAUCAUACAGAUGUGGCCAAAGAAGAUUCAACCCCAGAACCAGUGAGGCAAUGGGGUCACGAAGACAAAUACACAACGCCAGCAGAUGUCUUAGUUCCUGGAAUUGUUCCUCGAAGAGGAAUAAGUCAAAAAAAUAAUACUGAUCAUACAGCAGUAGUCUCAAAGGAUGGAGCCAAAACUGAAGAAUCAACACAAGAUCCACAGUUACAUGGAUUGCAUCCUGAAUGGAGCACUGAAGAUGAGCCUCUUGUAAAUGGCACUCAAGAUUAUGUAUUAUCUGGAGUUUUUCCUGAAAUUGACAGUGGUUCUGACAGACAUCCAUCAUCUCCUACUGCCAGUGUUAACCCAAAUGACCCAAAGAAGGGGUCCGGAAGAGGGACACACAUUGACCAGACAGGGGAAUCACCAAAAAGCGAGCCACGAAUGUCUAUCAUACCAGAUUGGCUUAUUGUAGUUGCUUCUCUCUUGGCACUGGCAUUGAUACUUGGUGUUUGCAUUGCUGUGAACAGUCGAAGGAGAUGUGGGCAGAAGCAAAAACUUAUUAUCAACAAUGGCAAAGGAGGCAUAGAUGAGAAAAAGGGUGGAUUGAAUGGAGAAGCCAGUAGAUCUCGGGAAAUGGUUCAUUUGGUGCAUGAUGAGAAGCCAGAAAACCAAACAGAUGAAUUCCAGGCAAUAGAUGAAACACAGAACCAACAAGAAGUGGCCUUGAAGAGUGGCGUGUAAGAGCUGCGCCAAUCCAAUUUCAAAAGAGGUGAAGAAACAAACAAACAAACAAAAUGCACGGAACUGGGACUAGAACUCACAAAUGCAAUGAGCUACUGAUGUCUUUGAAGCAUAAUUAAGCAUACAUUUUCUUCUUUCUCUAUUUUUAAUGGUCAGGUACAAGAUAAAAAUGUCAUGUUUCCUCUGCUUAAUUUUGCCCGGUUCAGAUUGGCGACCACCACGUUACCAACAUCACCCGUCUCCCAAUUGUGGUCUACUGUUUGAUAAGGCAGAAUACCAACUUCAACCUAUUUCCCCUAACUUGUGCAGCUUUCCCCUCAUUAUAUCGUAAUGGAGUCACCAGGAUCUCUAGCCAGUGCCUUUAUGACAUUAAGGUACUGAGCAUAACCUUGAGGCCUAGAAUGUCAAUAUUAAUUGCAAUGGGAGACUUCGGAACAGAAUUCUUAUUUGUCACUUAGCCCUGAAGGAUUUGUCAACUUUUUGAAUCUCACUCACUUCUUGAUAUUUGGAAUUGUGUGCUGAAGUAAUUGAAUACAGAAAGACAAAUUUGUCCAAAAAUUCCAGGAAUGUCCAAUAACAAUUUUUAAUAGGGUGGAAAGGCGAGUAAGAAUAAAAUUGAUUUUAUAGCAAAUAAAUUUUUAUUCUCUAUAAUCUAAAUAAUCUGUGAUGUUGUUUUUGCAUUUCAAAGUUGCAUAUCUAUUGCAUGGUUCAUAGUUGGAAUAUUUGUUGAAAGUAUUAAUUCAUCUCCAUUCGACUACACCACAUUUAGAUAUAAUGGAUGUACAACAGUAGAUUUUCUAUGGGA